AUGAUCAUUUUUUUAUAAAAAAAAUAAUAUCCUUAUUAUUUACAAAUCAUAGUGAGUGUGUGAAAUAUAAUCUUGUGAGAAAACAACAAUGGAUCAUUAUUCAUAUUUGAAUCAAAGUUUUGAUCCAACCACUUGUCCAUUAUCAUCACCAAUGGACACGAUUGGUUCGGUCAAUUGCCAAUUAACGUGUUCAGGCGGUUAUCCGGAUCUUAGUUCAUCGUGUUCUCAAUUACCAUCAGUUGGUUAUGGUCGUUACACGAAUUCGGUGAUGGCACCACCAAAUCCAAUGAAUGGUAUGUCCAGUAUGCGAACCAAUACAAUAACUGGCCAAUCAGUAGCUAAUGCUCCAACAUCAAUGUCAAUAUCAAGUCGUAUGUCGGUGGCAGCGGCUGCAGCUGCUGCUAAUCAUCAUCAUCAUCAUAUUGCCACCGGUGUUGCUAGUGGUGGUGGUCAUCGAACACAUCAUAACGAUCAUAUUCAAACACCGAUGUUUCAAACCGGACUCGGAUUGCAAAAUUUUCCUUAUAAAGUAAUGGCCAAUGAUGUGACGAAUAUAACUGAAAAACGUAAACAAAGAAGAAUUCGAACAACAUUUAGUUCAUCGCAGCUGAAAGAAUUGGAAAAGGCAUUCCAAGAAACUCAUUAUCCAGAUAUCUACACACGUGAAGAAAUUGCAUUAAGAACCGAUCUGACUGAAGCUCGUGUUCAGGUAUGGUUCCAAAAUCGUCGUGCAAAAUUUCGUAAACAAGAGCGUGGUGUGCAAAAAUGUUCAUCAAAUAAUGGAUCCAACAACAACAACAAUAAUAAUAAUAACAAUAAUAAUGUAGCAUCAAGUACGAUGACCAACAACAAUAGUAGUAAUGGAUCGCAAGCAAAAGGAAAUAACAACAGUAAUGGUAAUAAUAACAAUUCUAUCGUGGCUGCUGAUUCCAUAUCAACAACCACUCAAAAUCCAGUAUCACCUGUGUCACCUAUGACAGCAGUAGCCGUUUCAUCUUCAAGUCCAGAAUUGAAUGUUAAUCAACAACAACAACAGCGACAACAACAAAAUGAUUCAAGUAUGAUGGGAACCGAUGAUGUAAGCAUUACAUCGUCAAUGGUUGACCAGAUGUCUCCUUUUUCCAAUGAAUUUCGACGAAGAAUUGAAGUUGCCGUAGCAAAAGCUAAACAUUUGCAACAACAACAGAAAUGUGGCGGUGAAGAUAUUGUAGGCACAACUACAUCGGCAUCUUCAUCAUCCGCAUCAUCAUCAUCGUCUUCAAUGACAAAUGAUAAUGAAGCAAUGUCUUCGGUAACAAUGACCAAUGGUGAUCGAUCAAUUAUUGCCGACAGUAAUGGUACUAAUGGGGAAAACAAUAACAACAAUAUUGUUGUACACACAUCGUCACAAUCGCCAAUCGAUCAACAAAGUAAUGAUUCUUCAUCAUCAACAUCCGAUUCUUCUCUUUCAUCGAAUGGCUCAAUUUCAUUAACAAUGACCGGCGAUAAUAGUGUUGGAGGUGGUGGUGGUGGUGACGGUGAUGGUCAACGUAAUGAUUCAAAAUCUGUGCUGACAUUGAUGAUGCCUUCAGCCAAUAAUAAUCAUCUAAUGUCGUCGAAUACACCGACAUCGACUUCGAAUAUGAUGCUUAACAACGGCGACAAUGGUUCUAUGCUCAAAAAUCCUCAUCUUCAUCAUAAUCACCAUCACAAUCAUCACCAACUUAACCAACUUAAUCAUCAAGCCAUGUCGCCUGGCAUGUUGUCUCCAACAAUGGCCAAAUGGAUGUCCAAUCACCAUGGAUCAAUGUCAGCAUCGCAUCAUCAUCAUGAUCAUUCGUCUCCGACAGCUGCUGCAGCCGCUGCUGCCGCACUUCUCACUGGAACCGGUAAUCAUUCCCAUCAUUCACAUUCGCAUGGUCAUCAUCCUCAUUCCCAUCAUCUUCAUCACCCUCAUCAUCAUCAUCCACAUCAACACCAAUCGAUGAUUCAAUCACCAAAUAUGGUACAUCCACAUCAUACUAACGGAGGUGGCGAUUCUCCUUUAUCAAUCAAUGUAUCUGCUCAUCAAAUGUCUGAAGAUGCAAGCGCUCUAAGUUCCAAACUGAUCAUGGCAUCCAUGGCGGCUGCCAAUUCUCAUCACCAUCAUCAACCAUCGAUCACAUCGCCUUGUCUUGGUACAGCGGCAGCAGCAGGUUUUCUUCCUUUAGCCGGUGCUGGACCACCACCCCCACCAACGCCUUCGGUUGUAACAAGUGGAUGUAAUGGUCAAAAUAGUUCAGCAGCAGCAGCUGCUGCAGCGGCUGCUGCGGCUGCCGCAGCCGGACAUUUACAUCAUCACCAUCAUCACCAUCAUCAUCAUCACGGUGAAACGUCGUAUCUAAAUCCAUUGGAUUCUACUACAAAGCAUCAUACAUCUAAUCUACCGACGCAAAUAUUUUAGUUGGGAAAUGAUGAUUACAUCUAUUAGAAGAUUAAUUCAGAUAGAACAUUUUACAAGUUAUUUUAUACUACAGACCAUAUAGCAGCCACAAUCAUCAACAUCUGGUGUUCAGCAUUUCUUUCCUUUUCGAAAAUAAAGAAUUUCAUCAUCAGCAUCAUCUGGUAUUUGUUGUUUGUGUUUUCAUCUUCCUCCUUCAUUUUUUUUCCACUUUAUUCUCAGAGAUUAAUUUUUUUCCCUGACCAAACGAACGGUUUGUUUGAGACGGAGAAAAAGAAAUAGAAAAAAACUGAUAGCAAACCAAGCAAAAAAAGAAGAAAAAGAGAAAAGAGAAAGAAUACAUAUGUGAUGUUGUUUGCUGUCCAAUCUGAUGACAUAGUUCAUCACUCAUUUUUGUUCUUUGUUCGGUUGGGCGUAUUACAUAGUUGAUUGCAUUUAUCCACCAUCACCAAAAUCCCCAAAAUAUAAAAUAUUUCUUUUUUGUAGAAUUUCUUGACUUGAUUGUUCAUUGUUGAUUUAUAUAAAAAUAAUGAACAUUUA